UUUUCCGUACUGGCGUAGAAUAACGUUUUUAUGGACAUUUGGCACAAGUUAACUUGAAAUGAUUAUAAAGACAAAGAUAAUUAUCAAAGCGCCCGAAGAAUUUUAAUGCACUUUACUGGAACAAUGAAAUACUGUUUAUCAUUGUGCUGUGUUUUCUAUUUUAUUUGGGACUCGAAAUCACUCUCCACACGAUCAUUGACGUUUGAAGAUGAUAGAUGUUUUGGGCCUUUUCAUCCCUCACCAAGAGAAAAUUUUACGGUGAUUCAUAAAGGCCUAGACAGUAGUGGUAUUUGUAGAGAUAUGUCAUUCAGUGGUUGGGACUAUGCCGACUCUCGUCGUAGGGAGUCAUGUGUAAAAGUGAACAGUGUCAAACUGGAUUGUUCUCAAAAGUUUGUAUACAGGACAGACUCCAACAGAGCAAAACCAGUGAAGAUAUUCGAUUGUUAUGACACUGCAGACGUAAUUCCAGUAUUUUGUACGUUUGAGCUACUAUACAUCCGGAUACAGACAGAGGAAGCUAUGAAAAACACAGAAGUUGUAUACACUGUUUAUAGUGGGAGAGAAAAACCAUCAUAUGAAAGGGAGAGAGGAGUAGGAUGGGUUGUACCCACUAUCGUAAGUCUAGGCCUGCUGGGUGUAAUCUGUGCUUCAGUGUGUUGUGUACGCAUGAAAAAAGCUCGUGAGCUUCAGAAUCAAAGAGGGACGAUUGCAUUCAAUCGAAAUCAACAGCCUCAGAUUCAUAUUCACCAUUAUCAUCCGGUCCAUCAAUCAUGUGAUCAGGAAGCGUCUUCUUCAUCUGUAAACAGGGACAUGCGUCCAGGAGAGCCUUUGCCUAGACAAGGAAAGAAUUUGCCACCAGACACAUAUCAAUUUCAGAGCUAUCCUCAACAUACCGCACCAACCACGCGUGAGGACAAUGUUUACCCACCCAGACAACAUUUUAUCUCAUCUAAUAUUUCAGAUUCUACGAAAUUAGAACAGUAUGGAAAUGACAUCAACGUACCCCCACCUUAUGAUGAGGUCACUAAGCAAUAUGUUUGAUAUAAAGUUUGUAUUAAUAAUCCAAUGUAGUAAUCCAACAACACUUGUACAACCCGUAAAUAAUCCGAAUUCAGUAUUGUUUUAACAUAAGAUAAAACAUAAGGACGAAUCACCUAUGUAUAAAUUUAAAUCAAACUGAUGUUUUUUAAUCACUUAACAUAUUGUUAUGUUUUUAAAAUCAUUUGCUAUGAAAUUAUGUUGCA